AUGGCUAUCUGCGGCGCCGGCCCCACCUUAAUGCUACUGACUCUGACUGUAAUCCUGUCUUCAAGUCAAGCCACGGAUACCUGGCAGCGUUUGCCCUCUCUUGAAACCUUUUCUACUUACGAGGACAUGCAGCGUUACUUUGAUCAGCGUAAUUUCCGCAGUAUGCGACAAAUUGACAAUCCCACGGGAGACACUUACCUGGCGGCCUUUAAUCAGUACAACGAGCAGGUGGAGGACAAGAAACCCAGUCGGGUGACCCACUCCAAUUCCAGGAUAAAACGGGAGCAGCGUCAACUGCCCACUGCCCCGAGAAUGUUGCGAUUCGAAUUGGCAGAUGCAGUGGAACCGAGUCCGGAACUUAAGCAGAUCCUAAGGCAAUAUCAUGCCAGGGCCUUGAAGGAAAAUCCCACUCCUGUGAGUCCUGUCAGUACCACUCAGGAACCUUCACCAGCUGUUAGUACUACCAAGGACAACAAGGCUAAGUCCCGCAAACCACGUCGCCAGAGAAGAUCAGUCAUUGGAUCCCAACAGCCAGCGGAUUUUAAGGUCCAGAUGAUUCCUUUCCAAGAAACAGAUGCGAGAGAACCCGAUCCACUGACCGCUCAGCUGAUCAAGAAGGGCCGCACCCUGGACCUCCAAAGUCAGGCCACUAGAUCUGCUCCAGAUCUCCACCAGUUGAAACCCCAAGCGACUAGGAAGAAACCUUUCCAGGUGCGGAUUCGCAAGACAAAGCGAUCCAAACGCUCAGCUCCUCAAAUGAUCAAGUUUGAGUUGGCGGAUGCCAAACCUUUGCCUCAAAGAGCCGGAAAACAGAUGCUAUCUGAAGCGGUUCCCACACUCCUGACCAUGGAAACCCAGGUGAGGAAUAAGACCCAGCCCAAUCAGUUGACCACGCCCACUUCGCGGGUGGAAGACAAUGACAUCCUGACAGGUGAGGCCACGGCUGAAACCAAGCGGAUGUAUGUUUACAAGGAGUCACCUCUCAAUUCUGGACAUGUUAAGACCAAGAAAUCCUUGAGUGCCCUUCCUCACGAAGUUCAAAAGGUCAUCGGUCAACUGAUGAAGGAUGGAUUGGGUGGCAAAGCGUAUGUGAAGUAUCUUCCUGCCCAGAAAACCGAUUACGAGCACUACAAGGCCAAACCCAUAUCCUAUGGCGCCAAGCCUUUGGGUAACUAUGUGAAGUACAUCAACAAGCAGGUGGAACCAUCGGUGGCUCCAGCUCCUGUCCAAGUGCACAUCCAACCAGUUCCCGUGGUGGAGCAACUCCGGUAUGUUUACAAGCCCGCCUAUGUGGCAGCUGCUCCCACAAUAGCCCAACCCAUUGUGGUUCAGGAGGCACCGGCUCCCACGGUUGCGGUGGAGGAAGUGCAUCACACCUACACCGCUGAGCUGGCACCACCGCCCACCCAGAGUCUGGAGGUGAUUGUCCCACAGUUCAGGCCUUCCAAGCCAGAUCCCCUACUGGCCGAAGCACCUGCCAUCUACGGGAAACCCCAGGAGUCGUAUAACUACGAAAUCCAGCCGGAGCCCUCGCCUCUGAUCAAGAUCGAGUACCAUGCCCAGGCGGAUGGCAUCAAGGAGCACUACAAGCAGCUGCCGGAGUUCCAGCAACUGUCCACCCUCAUUGGCAAGUCCCCGGAUGACCAGAUCCAUGGCCUAACCUAUCUGCUGGCCAAGGAGAUGCAGGCCAAGUUGCAGAGGCAGGGCAAACAGCUGGUGGAUCGGCCGCAGGACAGCACGGCACCCAUCCUCUUCCAUCCGGCACAAAGUCCAGCCCCGGCACCCACUCUGAAGACCCUGUUGGAUCACGGAUCCCUGGGCGUCCAGCCGGGUCGAUUGAUCGGCAUGGCCAAGACCAAGCAGUAUGUGCCCAUCAUCGAGCCGGGCAACAACGAUGUCAAGGAGCUGCCCGCUGUGCCCACCAAGCUGCCCACACCCAGUUCCUACAUCGACUACACCCACGGACAUGGCCUGUCCAACGGAUACGAGGGCGUGGCCCAUGUGGAGGAGCCGGUGACGACGGUGGAGCACGUGGUGCACCAUCCCACGGUGGCCACGCAACCGCAGCACCACCAACAGAACCACCUCCAGCAGCACCACCAACAGAACCACAUCCAGCAGCACCACCACAACCUGGUGGCCACUGUCCUGCCGGCGGAACUGGACGCGGACAAGGGCGAGAAUGGCCUGCACUUUGUGCACAGCCAGGAGGACAAGUCGCUGCAGCAGUACGCCUCAAAGUAUGCGUUCGGUUAUCGCAUACGUGAUUUCCAUACCGGCAACGAUUUUGGCCACAAGCAGAAUCGUGAUCUGCACGGAGUGACACGCGGCCAGUACCAUAUCCUCUUGCCGGACGGAAGGAUACAGAAUGUAAUCUACCACGCCGACGAUUCGGGCUUCCAUGCGGACGUCAGCUUCGAAAGUGGCGCGAAACAUUGA